AUGAUGGAAGAAGGUUGGAGAGAAAAAGAUUGCUGGGUUCUCUCGUAUGUGCUGCUGCUGGUACUGGCGCACAGGUCCUUCGCUUCCAAGAUACUGGUCAUCGCUCCGUCGCCGUCCAUAAGUCACCAGAAACCGUUUCAUAUCCUAACUGAGGCUUUACUUCAACGAGGUCACGAGAUCACUUUGUUCACUCCGAAUCCUCUAAAGGUAUCUCACGAGAAUCUCACGGAAAUUGACCUAUCUGCAACUUACAAAGUUCCCAAGGAGAUUAAUUUUGUGCUCUGGGCUUACAUGUCACCCGUGGAAACUCUGAACCUGCUUAUGGACUUAGGAGAUGACGCGGUUCGAAUGCAAUUGAGUGAGCCGGUGGUACAGGAUUUUAUAAGGAGAAACCACACUUUCGACCUGGUGAUCAUCGAGCGCCUGCAAUACCAUGCCUACUACGGGCUGGCCCACUUGGUCGGAUCGCCCCCUCUCGUCGGAUUUGUGACGCUGUCUGAACUCGCGCCCGUAUACCAUGCUUCGGGCAGUCCCAUGAACCCUGCCUAUCUGCCCGAAGUCUGGGUGGGCUUUUCCGAUCACAUGACCUUCUGGCAACGUCUGUACAACACGUACUUCUAUCUACGUGUCUAUUACAAGUGGUUCUGUGACGUAAUGCCAAAACAGGAGGCUGUGAUGCGAGAAUUCUUCGGAACGGAACCACCAUCAGUUUACGAGACGGAGUACAACUUCAGCCUCCUCAUCAUCAAUAACGACUUUUCCCUGGAGUACCCACGGCCACUGACGCCAAACAUCAUUGAAAUCAAUGGUAUCCACGUACCGUCGAAAGUCGAGCAGUUACCUGAGGAUGUCCAGAAGUUCCUGGAUGGAGCAGAGCAAGGCGUGAUCUACUUCAGCCUCGGUUCGAACGUGCGAAGCAAAGAUCUCGCACCUGAGAUGAUCCAGGACAUUCUGCAGGUAUUCAGACAGCUACCACAGCGUGUCCUCUGGAAGUGGGAGAGCGACUCGCUGCCUUCUCAGCCAGAGAAUGUCAUGACCCGAAAGUGGCUGCAGCAGCCGUCUGUGCUGGCUCACCCCAACGUCCGCCUUUUCAUAACUCAGGGCGGCCUCCAGAGUAUGAACGAGGCUGUGUUCCACGCGGUUCCGUUAAUGGUCAUCCCGUUCUUCGCUGACCAACAGCAUAACGCUGCAAAGGCUGUGCAAGCGCAGAUCGGCGUUUGGCUGGAGCUUCGAGACAUCACAAAAGACACAUUUCUACGUUCCAUACGUACGAUCCUCGAAGACACGAAGUACAAGGAUAACAUGAAGCGACUGUCGGCCGUGUUCUGCGAGCACAGGGCGGACUCUCUGGAGCGGGCCGUGUGGUGGAUCGAGUACGUGAUCCGCCACAGGGGGGCCCCUCACCUGCGGAGCGCAGCCCUCGACCUGCACUGGUGGCAGCUGCUGCUGCUCGACGUGGUCGCUUUCCUGCUGGCGGUCGUCGCCCUCACACUCUGCCUCGUCUACUUCGUCACGCGGCGGGCAGUCUCCUUCUUCAAAGGCAACAAGCAGAAACGGAAGCAGAAGAAACAGUGA